GUGCCCAGGAGGUGAACCGGAUGGCCACUGCACCGAGACUGCUCAUCACUAUGCCCUGCGAAGCCGGCGCUCACCGCACGGUCCCUGCCUUCGUCCUCCUGGGCUUCCUGGCCGGGAUUGCUUCCGCACACCCCGUUGUAAGCAGAACUAAUGGCACGUGGCUGGAGAGAGGAUGGCAGUCUCUGCUGUCCAGGUCCAUUGCUGGGAUGUCAGGGGAGAAGUCAGAUGUGAACUGGGAGAGUGACUAUUUGCUAGGAAUCAAGAGGCAGCGGAGGCUUUACUGCAACGUGGGCAUCGGGUUUCACCUUCAAAUCCUCCCAGACGGAAGGAUAAGCGGAGUUCACAAUGAAAACCAAUACAGUCUCUUUGAGAUCUCCACUGUAGAAAGAGGGGUUGUCAGCCUGCUCGGGGUGAAAAGUGCUCUCUUCAUCGCCAUGAACAGCAAGGGGAGGUUGUAUGGAACGGCUGUCUUCCAGGAUGAGUGUAAAUUCAAGGAAACCUUGCUGCCCAAUAACUACAAUGCCUAUGAGUCGAAGGCUUACCGUGGUGCUUACAUAGCCCUCAGCAAACACGGCAGAGUGAAGAGAGGAAACAAGGUCUCUCCUGCCAUGACAGUGACCCACUUCUUACCCCGAAUAUGAACACGAGAAGAUUAAAUCCCAGGGAAAAAAAACUGUUUCGUUUUGCACAUGGGGAAUAACCUCCCAGGUAAAGUAGUAUUUAUACUGGUCAUUGGAAAAAAAAAAUAUCUAUAUAUGUAUGUGUAUAUUUGGAUAAAGAUAUUUGUACUAGAUUCAUCACUUAGCAUAUGUAAUAUGAUGCUGCUUCUCUUCUACUCUGUACGAAUUUUACGUGGCUGUUUGCCUCCUUUGGUGCUGUACAGAGGAAAAAAAAGCAAGCUGGAGUGCAAAGGAUUUGGAAGAAAAAAGUACACAGAAGAAGUAUUUGGAAUGGCUGUGGGCAACCAUCUAAUCAAUCCUAGGUUAUUUACUAAAUAAUAUUAUUUACCUCAGAUAAUACCCUUUCCUAGUGAGCUGUUUACAUAUUGUGGGCCAAAUCACCAGACGAUUUUGCUUCAGCAGAGCUUCAGGCAGUUCACUCCACCUGAAUAUCUGCCUGCACCUCCCCUUCCACAGGCUCUGUCCUGUCUUGGAAAGUCCUCAGCCUGCUUUGAUCACUAAGGUGCCAAUUCCACAACUGUUUCCACACAAGCAAAGCAUUUACCCCCAGAGCCCCUCUGUCUCUGAAGGGAUUCUCCAGAGUCUCCUCACAUGGACUGGCUGGUAAAAAUGAAGACCUACCAUCAAUUUCCCACAGGGAGGGCCACGGGAUAGAUCACAGAUGGGUCCCAAAUGCAAAACUUAUUUGGAGCUGAGGAUUUUGAAUGGCAUUUUGUGAGCUUGGUUUAGACUUACCUCAAAUAUAGAUGUGCACAUCUUUAAUAUAAAUACUUGUAUAUAUAUAGACAUGGGAUGUGUGUGUAUCUAUGUAAUUAUAUAUUUUAAUGAAUCAAUCAUCCCACUCUC